ACUGGAGAAAGAGAGAGAAGAGGCACAACAUCAGCAGGAGGAUGUACUGGAAGUCAAGCCUAGUCAGACAUCGCAGCCACAACUCUUUGAAAUCAAUGGACCUGCAGUUCCAGGCACACCUGUGCCAGGGAAGAAAGAUUGGGUUGUUGGAAAAUAUGGAAGAGUCUUACCUAUCCUGAAGUUGAAAAAAUCCUAUAAGAUAAAGAUGGUGAAAUAUGAUCCCUCAAAGCACUGCCAUGCAGCCAGAGUCUUCAAAGAUGACAAGACUAGCACACCUGCAGACACAUCUUGUCAUAAACUGACAUGGGAGAUCAACACACCUGAUUCCGAGAUCACCAGAAAACGAAAGGGGGAAUUCCCCCAGACUUCCGCUUCUGUCAAGAAAAUAAAAAAGUCUGUCCUUUCACCAGCCGAAUAUUUCAGAAACAUUCAAAAGCUCGCUCCCAAGAUGGAGGAGGUGGAGUUUGUAAAAUCUGGAACAGGACAUGUGAACGCUGCUACCAAGUUGAUAAAGUCAAACAGAUUUGAUAGUGAUUUAGAAAGUGAUUCAGAAGGCAACAGUUUUAAUCAGAAUGUUUCUGAUAGAUUGCAAACAGGAAAAAAUAAUCAGUUACAUGGACCAACAACUGGAUGUAGAACUGUGAAAGAAAAUAAUGAGGUGGUAAAAUUGAAAUGUAAUGAAAACAAAAGUAAUAAGAAUACAAUGUCACAGUCAGCUGAUAAAAGGUUGAUUGAAUCAGCAUCUGUCAAUAAGAAUGCUCUAGCUACACUAGGACCUAAGAUGACGGAGGUGGAGUUUGUAAAAGUUAGAUCAGGACAUGUGAAUGCUGCUAACAAGCUGUUAAAGUCAAACAGAUUUGACAGUGAUUUAGAAAGUGAUUCAGAAGGCAACAGUUUUAGUCAGAAUGUUACACCAGGACCUCAGACGAAAGUUAUUAGUGGUGCUGAAACAAGCAAACCUCCGCAACUAAAACAUACGUUGCAAAAAGAAAGCUGUGCUUCUACUGUUAACAAAAUUCCAAAGUUCGGAGGGCUUAGUAUUUUAGGUCUGUUAGGUAGCUGUUCUAAAACUUGUCAAGAAAAGUUGGAGAUGUCCAAUGAUAGUGAGGAUUAUGAAAGUGGUGAUAAAGAAGGAAUAGACAAGAUUGUUAAGGAAGAUGAAGAAAGUGAAGGCAAUGAUGAAGAUGAAGAGAUUGAUGGUAAAGAGGAAAAAGAAGAUGGUGAAAGUCAAGACAUUGAUGAAGACAAGUUUGUUGAGGAAGAUGAAGAAAGUGAUGAGAAAGAGGAUGAAAGUGAAGGCAGUGAUGAAGAAGAAGAUGGUGAAAGUGAAGAUAUUGAUGAAGAUGAAGACAAUGAUGAAAAAGAAGAUGGCGAAGAUGAAGACAUUGAUGAAAAAGAAGAUGGUGAAAGUCAAGACAUUGAUGGAGACAAGAUUGUUGAGGAAGAGGAUAAAAGUGAAGGCAGUGAUGAAGAAGAAGAUGGUGAAAGUGAAGAUAUUGAUGAAGAAGAUGGUGAAAGUGAAGAUAUUGAUGAAGAAGAAGAUGGUGAAAGUGGAGAUAUUGAUGAAGAAGAAGAUGGUGAAAGUGGAGAUAUUGAUGAAGAAGAAGAUGGUGAAAGUGAAGAUAUUGAUGAAGAUGAAGACAAUGAUGAAAAAGAAGAUGGUGAAAGUCAAGACAUUGAUGCAGAGGGUGAAAGUAUGGAGGAUAAAGAU